CUGAAAAAGCCAAUAAUUUCUUAUAAGCAAAUAAUUAAAACUGACACAGCUUUAGUUCGUUCUGACUUGGCUCUUGCUUAUCAAGAUUUUGGAUAUAAUGCAUUGCUAAUUAGCAAGUAUUAUGGCUUUUAUGAAAGCGCAUCCUAUACGCAAAAUGAUGGUUAUGCGAUGGUUAAAGGUAUCUUUAAGCACAAGAACAAUGACAGCAAUUAUUACUUGUUUGUUUAUGUUAAUUGGUUUGAAGAUACAUCGAGAAAACACAUAAAAGUAAAUUGUCCAAUAUUUGUUCUUCAUCAAGAUACUUCAU